AUGUUUCAUUUCAUCACACGCAGUCUUUUCACCUCGACCUCCCUCCCUCCAUUUUUAGAAUCCUUGAAUCCUGCACAGCUCCGUUCACCGCCUCCACCAAUCUUCCAUUACAUCACCUUACAACCCUCCGCCCUGCGUGUAAGAUAUCCAGCAUCCGAUGUUCGUACAGCAGUAUCCACAACUCUUUUACGCGCUCCUCAUCCUAAAAUUAGGAUUCAUUUCUUGUCGCAAAUAUUCACUUGUACCAUACCAUAUCAAAAUGGACUGGCGCCAAGCCUCCUCAAUUUCUCCCCAUCUUCCACCACAUUUCCCAUAUCCGCCCAAAUCCGUUCGAAUUCUCAGUUGCCUCUUAAAGACUCUCUUCUGUGGAUCAAUCGUACUGCGCUCUGCGGUGAAUUGUCGGUUGACGAUGUUGGGAAACGGGUUCGGCUGUGUGGUUGGGUCGCCCUGCAUAGGGUUCACGGUGGUCUAACGUUUCUCAAUCUUCGAGACCACAGUGGUAUUGUUCAGGUGACUACGCUCCCCAACGAAUUUCCAGAUGCUCAUUCGACUAUUAAUGACUUGCGGCUUGAGCAUGUUGUUGCUGUAGAAGGCACUGUACGGUCUCGGCCUGGCGAUUCAGUUAAUGUAAAAAUGAAAACAGGCUUGAUAGAGGCAAGAAUUCUAAGGUACCGGUACCUUGAUCUACGAAGGAAGCAAAUGAAUUUUAACAUAAUGCUCCGGCAUAAAGUGGUGAAGCUCAUGCGUAGAUAUUUAGAGGAUAUUGAGACGCCAAUCCUUUCUAGAUCUACUCCAGAAGGUGCUCGGGAUUAUCUAGUGCCGUCUAGAGUUCAGUUGCUGUACAUUGGUGGAGGGAGUUUGAGAAUUCACAAACGUGAAGUUCAAGAGAAGGUUCUGGAGAUUGUGGGAAUCUCUCAUGAACAGGCAGAAGCGAAGUUCGGUUAUUUAUUGGAGGCACUAGACAUGGGUGCACCCCCUCAUGGGGGCAUUGCUUAUGGGUUGGACAGAUUAGUCAUGUUAUUGGCAGAGGCAAAUUCCAUUAGGGAUGUCAUAGCUUUCCCAAAGACAACAACAGCACAAUGUGCCCUCACAAAAGCUCCUUCAGAAGUAGAUCCCCAACAACUCAAGGAUUUAUCAUAUCAGAACCAAUAAGUUUACGUUCAGACAGGCGAUUAUCGGUUGUCAAGCAAAAGGUAGAAGCAUGUGGAUAAGAAGAUGGGUGUGCAGAUUGCUUCGAUUCUCUUACCAUAAAAAGGUAAACAAUAAACAGAAUUAUUGAGGAAUUAAUUGUCUUGUCAGGGUUUUUUAAAUUAUUAAUUAACUAAUAAAUUACUAAACGAUACUAUGAUU